AGUGAUUUCUCAUGUCUGUCCUUACUGGCUGGCGUCAGCUGCAGUUAGCAGCCAGCAUCCAUCAGUUUUAGUUCGGCCUGACUCCCAGGCACACGUUAUACUCCGUCACCAAGGGACGGAAAGGAUUAGAAAGGGGUUAAACUGUGCCAUCCCCCCCUUCUGACAAUAGGUUACACUACCUGAAGCUACAAAUGUACACAAUAAGGCUACAGACUGGAUUCCAGUAUGACUGUAAAGGAAGAACAUGGCAUGAUAUACCCCAUGGACCGGUGAGGGUUGAUGUACGGGUGGUGACUCCGUGGCUGGCACCAAUCGUAUGGAACGGCACCUUCAGCACCGACAUUCUCAAUGCACAAUAUAAUGAGAAAACCCUCCCUAUAGGACUGACUACAUUUGCUAUGAAAAAAUAUAUUGUGUUCCUAAAAACAUUUAUUGAAACUGCAGAAAAGUUCUUCAUGGUGGGACACAAGGUCAACUAUUACGUCUUCACAGAUCGCAUCAACGAGGUCCCCCAGUUUACCCUCGGCAAUGGGCGGCAAUUGAUGAUCUUACUGCUUCCAGCCUAUAAAAGAUGGCAGGAUGUCAGUAUGAGACGUAUGGAGAUCAUCCGAGACUACUCCCAACAACGCUUCAUACAUGAAGUGGACCAUCUCGUAUGUGUCGAUGUUGACAUGAAGUUCACGGAUGACGUUGGGAUGGAGAUCAUAGGAGACCUAGUGGGGACUUUACAUCCCGGAUUCUUUAAAUCUUCAAGAGAAGAAUAUCCUUAUGAGCGUAGGGCUCUGUCUGAAGCUUACAUACCCUACCAUGAAGGAGACUAUUACUAUGCCGGAGGCAAUUUUGGAGGCAAAGUCCAAGAGGUGAUCAAGUUGACCAACCAUUGCCACCAUGCCGUUUUAGCAGACAAGGCCAAUAAUAUUGAGGCACGAUGGCAUGAUGAGAGUUAUAUAAACAAAUAUUUCCUACACCACAAGCCAACCAAAGUCUUGUCUCCAGAAUAUAUCUGGCUCUAUUACUAUGGGGAUCCACCUAUUGUACAGAAAAAGAGAUUCGUAGAGGUUCCUAAGAACAGGGCAUGGAUACGUUACUGACAGACUGUGUAGAUCCAUGGACUUCCUACAUCUGGAUUUACAAAGGCAGCUACAAAUUUACAGGCAAGUUCCAGGGAUCAGACACAUGAGAUGUGUUACAGGGUAUAUAAUACAAGUGCUAUAUGUGAUCAGAGAAAAUCCUAUAAUUAAAGGGGUUCUCCACCAUAAGGUGAUUUUAGUAUGUACCUGGCAGACAGUAAUGAACAUACUUAGGAAGGAUCUGCGCUUGUCUUGGGGCUAAAUGGAUAUGUCAUGAGAUUACCACAAUUCUAUGGCUAGCUGUCUGUGAACUUGUAUUUCCUGUUCGACUUUUCUUUUUUUGACUACAAAACCCAUAAUUCCAUUUUCCUCCCUCCCACACAUCAGCCACCCCACCCAUUGAAACAAAAGACCUGUGGUUUUCAAUCAGGGUGCCUACAGCUGUUGCAUUAGUUGCAGAUUGAUCGCUCCACCCAUUGAAGCAGACAGGCUCCCUGUCAUCAGCUGACUAGUGAGUCAGGUCUCAGCUGCAUUGCAAGCUGGGAAAAAUCUGAGACAACAGUCAUUUUGUAUGCUGGU